AUGCGCAGUUCGCCUGGGCGAAACCAUGCGAAGCGUGCGAAGCUCGAUGCGGACGACCAGGGGGCAAGGUCCGUGUGGCUGCAGUAUGCCGCAGACUCGUCCUCGGCCCCUGUUGAGGAAGAGAAGUUCCACUGGAAGAAGCGCGAUGCUGCUGCGCAUCGCGCUGGUAUGUCGCAGGAGGACAUGGCACGUCUCGAGGCGGACCGGCGUAAGGAAGCGGAGCGUGAAGUAGAGCGGCUGCAAGCGCGCCGGGCAGAACGAGAGCGUAGGCAGCAGCAGCGGCGCGAAGACGAAGAACGACGUGCACGCCAGGCGGAAGCGGAGGCGAUGGCUGAUUGGCAAGCGAAAGAAGAUGAGUUUAUGCUGGCCCAGGCAAAAACACGCGCGAUCAUUCGUGCGCGUGAGCAUCGUGCUAAACCUAUUGAUUUGCUCGUUCUCUUGCUGCUAUGGUCCCAUUCUGAACAUGAGGAAGACGAAGAAGAGGACGACCAGGACGAUGAACAGCCGCCUGGCCAAGUCUUGUCUCGUGCUGACGACGAGGAGAUGGAUAUGGACGUGGAUGUGGCGCUAGAGGAGCCUGGGCGUAUGAUGUCAGCCUUAGCGCCUGCCGACUUGCAAGCCUUGCACGACGAUGUAAUUCUGCUGGCACGCUGGGAAAAGGAGCCGAGUCGCGCUGCGUACUGGCGUGAUGUGCUGCUCCUAUGUAAUGACAUGCUGCAAGGUCCUCAGCAUGAUGAUACCACAGCUCGACUGGACCCCAGCAUUCGCGCGGACAUUGAUGCGAUGCUUGCCGACAAGACGCCGGAGGAACUACUCACGUUGCAAACGUCGAUCCGCGAGAAACUACGAUCGGGCGAGCCGCUCGAUGUGGAGUACUGGGAAUCGAUGCUGCGUCGUCUGGUCGUGGUGCGUAGCCAUGCAAAGCUCCGUACGAUGUACGAUACGAUGAUGACGAUGCGAGUGGCCUCCAUGCACCGACGUCAGCGUCAGGCGGCCCAGCAAGAAGCUCUGGCGAUGGCCGAGCACGUGCCACAGAUCGAAGCACCUGCGAGUGCACGCGAUGCAUGGAUGUCAUCGAUGGAGCCGCCGGGCCGACCGCCUUCGGAGCUGACAGCGGACGAAAAAGCGUUGCCUUAUACCACCUGGCCCGCGAUGCAAGCGCGGCUCUGCGACGCACGUCGGCGUGUACUGCAACAGCCGUUUGUCCCACGCGCCACCACGGCCCACAUGCUAGUGCCCAGCGACACGGCUGCGGACGCCAUGGUCCGUCGAGAGGCAGCGCGUGCGAUGGGCGUGCAAGAGGAAGUGUUCAACGAGGAUGUGCACCUCACUCAGCAAGCAUACCGAUGGCAAGACAAGUAUCGGCCACGCAAGCCACGCUACUUUAACCGUGUGCAUACUGGCUACGAAUGGAACAAGUACAACCAAACGCAUUACGAUGCGGAGCAUCCGCCGCCCAAAAUCGUGCAAGGCUACAAGUUCAACAUCUUUUACCCGGACCUCAUAGAUCCAUCGCACGCGCCGACGUACCGCGUGCUGGCCGAUCCGGAGGGACCCGGUGGUACGCAGCUCCUGCGCUUUAGUGCAGGUCCGCCGUACGAGGACGUGGCGUUUCGGAUCGUGGAGCGGCCGUGGGACUAUUCGUACAAGCGCGGCUUUCGAUGUAGUUUUGAUCGCGGCGUGCUUCAACUGUAUUUCAAUUUCAAGCGGCUCAAGUACCGCAAGUAG